AUUCAGUGGAAUAUGCAAUAAGUGAGUAAAGGGAUUGAAACGAAAACGGUUAAAAUCACUGUGGAUUUGAAUGUUUAAAUCGUUUGAUAGAUUAAAAUGUCACGGUUUAUUGAAUUUGAUCCUGCUAAACAGCCAAGGUUCAAAAUAGAGCUUCAUGUGCAUUUGGACGGAAGUGUACGGUUGACUACGAUCUGGGAAUUAGCUGAGAAAAAAGGUUUCGACUUGAAGGUAGAAACAUUAGAAGAUCUAUAUGAUGAAUGCUGUAUGAAAAGCCCGUCUACAUUGGCUAAAUUUCUGAAACCUUUUAAUAUCAUACAGCCGUGCAUUGCAGGGGAUCCUAUAGCCAUCGAGAGAAUAGCCUACGAAUUUUGCGAAGAUGCAGUCUCCCAAGGAAUUUUAUACGCAGAAGUUCGUUAUUGCCCUCAUCUGUUUUCUUCAAUGCAUGGAUUCGCAAGAGGAGGCCAAUCAGAUCCUCUUACACCAAGAGAAGUGGUGAUGUGCGUAAAUAGAGGUCUUUCUAGAGGCGCAGCAGAUUUCAAUCUGUCUGUUAGAAGCAUUUUGUGUUGUUUUCGCAGCCGUCCAGAAUGGUCAAAUGAAAUCUUGCAACUGUGUGUGGAAUUCCAGAGGAUGGGUGUGGUAGGAAUUGAUAUCGCCGGCGACGAAGCAACGAGUUUAGCGGCACCGGAAGACAUCGAGGUUUUCAAGAGAGCGGAAUUACUGGGUAUUCACCGUACCGUGCAUGCUGGAGAAGCUGGUCCUGCUUCCAACGUGAGCAUUGCAAUAACGCAGAUGUUUGCAGAAAGAAUAGGACACGGAUAUCAUGUUCUUGAUGAUCCCGAAAUAUAUAUGGCUUGUCUGAAGAAAGGAAUCCAUUUCGAAACGUGUCCAUAUUCUAGCUGCCUCACUGGAUCUGUGCCUCGAGCAGAAAUCAAGCAUCCAAUAAUUAAGUUCGCAGAGGACGAAGUGAAUUUCUCAAUCAGCCGAGAUGAUCCAACAAUUACACAGAAAAGCAUCGACGAAGAAUACGAAUUUUUGCGCGGGCUUGGACUCAAGGAAAUUCAUAUAAUCAGGGCAAAUUUUAAUGCUGCUCGUAACUGCUUCUUGCCUGAAGAGGAGAAAAGAGAAUUGAUUGAGCAACUGAUACGCAUCUGCGGAGCUCAAGAAAACAACGGCGUCAAUAAUACUGACCCACCUUGUAUUGCCGUGAAAGCCAUGUCUGGAGGAGGAGAUUUUUAAUCCACCAAAUGGCAAAAUUUUCCUCGUUUUUAUUAAUGGCUAUUUUAACUUUGUCGUAACACAAAGAAGUAUUUUAUCGAUAUGGCCAAAUUUUAUUAUUAUGAAAUUUUAGCUUUUCUGAAUUUUAGUAAAAGGAUUAUAUUUGUUCCAUUUUCAUUA